CUCUGUUUACUUUCUUUUGUCAUAAUUCGAGCGAUUCUCAGUUUUGCGGUGUAACCGGAAGUGUGUGUUGGGAAAUUAUCGAUGAGCACCUGAAGAUUCAGACUCAGUCAUUGGUCACUGGGAGGGUCAGUCUUUAUGUCAAUGAGACCAGGCUUUAAAAGAUGGUACAGAAUGAGGUCGCCAACGUUUUCACACAGUCCUGACGCCUGUGUCUCGUCUCCGCAGACAUGAAUAGCGGCACACAGAGAGCCAGAGACCUGCUGACGGCCUAUGACCUCAGCCUGGAGCAGCAGAUCCUGGGUCGAGGCUCCAGCCUGGCCUGCAGAGACCAGGAACUAUGGAAGAGGGUUGAAGGACUGCUGAGGGACAGAGACCCUCAGGAGAUCCACUGCCUGGGUCUGGAUCCUCUGACCGUCAUGGAGGAGUCGCUGAAGAUGGCAGUGACAACUGCAGCCAGCAGGGGGAGAGCGAAGACCAGAGGAGGACUGCAGGGCCUGGCUAAGGCCUUUGAGGUCCUGGAGCAGGCGGCCCUCAACCUGUACCUGGGUCCCUGGAGGGAGGAGUAUAAAGUAGUAAAGACGUACUCUGGGCUCUUCACCCACCACAUCAAAGCGGUUCUGCCCCCCCCUCAGAUCGAGCAGCUCUUCGGUCUGCUGGGGUACAGGUCCAGUCCGUCACAGCAGGAGCAGGUCCUCAGCGUCGCGCCGUCGUCUCCGGACGACUUCCUCCGUCUGUCCUGUGCCUUCUUCCUGGCCCGCUGUGAGUGUCGCCUCCUGGAGGAGGCUCUGGGGAAGCACAGGGGUGAGGCCCAGUGGGAGCUGAAGAUGGUGCGAGAACGUCAGAGGGGACACGGCGUCCAGGUGGCAGUAGAGAACAGUCAGAAGACCCUGAAGGUGAACCAGCUAGCCUUAGAGCCGUUUGAGGAGGAACCAGAAAUGGACCUGUACACCGACGAGCACGUGAACGGAGGAGCGGCGGGGAGUCAGAACAGAGCCUGUGCCAUGAAACCACCACUGGGUGGCGACAGAACCACAGCCUCCUCCAGCUCCUCACAGGUCUGUGUCUCCACACUCACCUGUCAGCUGACCAAGAUGGAGGUCGGACGUCAGCUCAGCAGAGAAGACCCCGACACCAAGACAGGAAGUCUGCAGAACGACACCACCGGGUUCCUCAGUGAGAGCGCGGCGGCGGCGGCGCUGGACGACAGCCUCUGCAGCUGUCUCCUGUCUCCACCUCCUUAUCAUUGUCUCACGCUCUGCAUCCAGUGUCAAACGCAGCACGCCGACGGCUGUGCGGUGCUGGACCACUGCCUGGCGGAGAAACACCACCUCGUGUCCCAGGACUUCAGAGAACCGGGUGGAACCUGUCUGCAGGACCACAGCCUCAGAGGACACGCCCCUGUCACGUCUCCCACUCUGUCCUGCAACGGCGCCCCCUGUGACUCCAUGCUCAGCUGUCAGCUGACCACAGCGAAGAACGUGAAGAGGCGCCAAAGUGACAGGGAAAGCCCGGACCUGGAGUCAGGCCGUCUUCAGGACGGCGCAGUCUCAGAGGCGGUGGACAGUCUGUGCAGCUGCGUCCAGUCUCCGCACCUGUCCCUCAGACGCUGCGUCCAGUGUCGGACCGUCCACAACGACGGCUGUGCGAUGCUGAAGCUCUGUGAGGAGAACCAGCACCUCCUGGAGGGCGGCUCCAGUAUGGUCUCCCUGCAGAGGGAGGAUGGGGGGGCAGAUGGCAGCAGAACGUCCCCCGCUCUGUCCAGCAGCAGUUCUCAAAUGUCCUCCUUGGUUCUGCACGACCCCCAGUCCAGCAUCCCCUCCUUCCUCUGUCCAAUCACCUUCCACGACUGCUGUAACCUGGGCCACCUGGACCCCAAGGUCCUGUGUCGCAGCUGCAAUGUUUUUCACUCCACCUCCUGCAGGGGGCAACAGAUGUGCCUCGAGCUGGACCACAGCGUCCAGCCCUUGGGGGUGUGUGUCUGUGGGAGGACCUGCUCCAGGAACCCGCUGGUCCUGUGCCGGUACUGUGGCAGCGAGCUGUGUAACGAGUGCUGGUACCACAGCCCCGUGGUCUGCAGGGUCUGUCACCUGACCUACGACCAGUCGUCUCCGGUCUGACCCGGACAGACGCGGUCAGCUGAUCUGAAGUGCCUACGAUCCUAUGACGUCACCAACAAUCUGGUCCAGUCCUAACCCUCGCCCUAACCCCCCAUGAAGACUGUGUCAUAGCCUGACACCCAGUGCCUGUUGAGGGCGGGGUUACUCUGACUCCGCCCCCUCUAGACCUUUUUUAAACAAACUGCCUUCUCGACAAUGAACCCUUUGAUCUGAGGUACUGGGAUCACAGUCACUGUUACUUCACGUGCUCAGUCAGAGGGAGGGGCUUAUUCGGUGCUGAAGCUCCGCCUCUGUCAUUUUAGUUUCUUCAUCAAAGACUGCCCCCCCUGGUGUUUGUCUCCCCCUACAGGACAGAGCGUGCACUGCCCCAGUCCCUGUAUCUGUUCAAAUACAUGUUCUUUAUGGUCAAACAAAAUCCAGCUUCAGCACAAACCAGGAAAUAUCUCUCUCUCUGUUGGAGCGUCCCUCUCUCUCUCUCUCUCUCUCUCUUGCCCCCUCUCCCUCUAAUGUGUUAUUAAUUAGAUGCAGGAGUGUGUAUGUGUGACAUCGCUGACUGGACCUUCACAUCUCAUUACACUUCGACCAAUCAGAGCGCAGCGAGCGUGACAACUGUUUAUUUAUGCACAGAGCUGAAACCAGCGGCGAGCAGGGGCAGCUGGGAACUCUUCUCACACACACACACACACACACACAUCGGUGCUCAGUCCAGUUUAUGACGUCUGAUUUCUGACUGUGUCACUGAUCAACAAUAAAAACGACUUCUUUCAUC